GCCGCCGGAGCCGCGACCGCCCCGACCCGGGCCAUGGCCGCGUCCGCGCCGCUGCGCGACUGCCAGGCGUGGAAGGACGCCGGGCUCCCGCUCUCCACCACCAGCAACGAGGCCUGCAAGCUGUUCGACGCCACCCUCACCCAGUAUGUGAAGUGGACCAACGACAGGGGUCUCGGGGGCAUCGAGGGCUGCCUGUCGAAGCUCAAAGCCGCAGACCCGACCUUUGCCAUGGGCCACGCCAUCGCCAACGGCCUGGUGCUGGUCGGCACCGGAAGCUCCGUGAGGCUGGACAAGGAGCUGGCGCAGGCCGUGAGGACCAUGGUGCAGCUUGCCCAGACCCAGUCGCUGACGCCCCGGGAGCAGCUGCACGUGGCGGCUGUGGAGACCUUCGCCAAGGGGAACUUCCCGAAGGCUUGCGAGCUCUGGGAGCAGAUUCUCCGGGACCACCCCACAGACAUGUUGGCCCUGAAAUUUUCCCACGACGCUUACUUUUACCUGGGCUACCAGCAACAGAUGCGAGACUCUGUGGCUCGCAUUUACCCCUUCUGGACCGCCGACAUGCCCCUGAGCAGCUACGUGAAAGGCAUCUAUUCUUUUGGACUGAUGGAAACCAACCUUUACGAUCAGGCGCAUAAGCUCGCCAAAGAGGCUCUGUCCAUUGACCCGACGGACGCGUGGUCCGUGCACACCGUCGCCCACAUCCAUGAGAUGAGAGCGGAGGUCCAGGACGGCCUGGCGUUCAUGCAGUGCUCCGAAGCCCACUGGAAGGAUUCCGACAUGCUGGCUUGUCAUAAUUAUUGGCACUGGGCUUUAUAUCUCAUUGAAAAGGGCGAAUACGAGGCCGCGCUGACCAUUUACGACACCCACAUCCUCCCCAGCCUGCAGACCAGCGGCGCCAUGCUGGACGUGGUGGACAGCUGCUCCAUGCUCUACAGGCUCCAGAUGGAAGGGGUGUCUGUGGGUGAGCGGUGGCAGGAGGUCCUGCCCGUGACCCAGAAGCACAGCCGCGACCACGUGCUGCUGUUCAACGAUGCGCACUUCCUGAUGGCGUCCCUGGGCGCCGGGGCCAGCGGGACCACGCGGGAGCUGCUGACCACCCUGCAGGAGGCCAGCGAGUCCCCAGAAGAGAACUGUCAGCUCCUCCUGGCCCGAGACGUGGGGCUGCCCCUGUGCCAGGCUCUGGUGGCGGCCCAGGAGGGGCACCCUGACCGCGUGCUGGAGCUGCUGCUGCCCAUCCGCUACCGCCUCGUCCAGAUCGGGGGCAGCAACGCCCAGAGGGACGUCUUCAACCAGCUGCUGAUUCACGCCGCCCUGAACUGCACGUCCAGCGCCCACAGGAACGUGGCCCGGAGCCUGCUGAUGGAGCGAGACGCCUUGAAGCCCAAUUCGCCCCUGACGGAGCGGCUCCUCCGCAAGGCGGCCGCUGUCCACCUCCUGCACUGAGCGCGCCUGGCCGUCCCCCUCCAGCAGUGAGCGCCCUGGGCUGUCCCCCGUGGGCCUCGUGGGUCAGAAGCGGCCCUUAGGAGAGCGGCUGGCUCUCAGCAGGAGGCCCUGUAACCAGCAGCUUUGCCGAAGAGACGACGCAGAUGCAUUUGAAACGUGGCUCAGAAUCUUCUUUUCAUCCACGGUGAAGGGACAGAGUGCAGCUGGCGGGUCAGAGCCCACGCGGUGUGCCCACCAGCCGGGGGCACGGCCUGGCCAUCACGGGGCA